UUGCGGAAGCAAUUCCGCCAUAUUCGGAAGGUCUGGGCAGCGCCAUCUUGUGAGUGAAGGACAUUGAAUGGUUGAUAUCUGGAGUGGAAACGGUUCGUGAGUUCAGGACAAGCAGUGAUGGCAGGACACGAUUCUGGAUCACAUCCUCAAUUCACAGGAUUUCAAAAAUACUUUAAUUCUUAUACCAUAACAGGCCGAAGGAAUUACGUACUAGCCACAUACGCAAGCCUUGCGAUGAUCAUCCUAUACUUCAAACUAAGGCCUAAGAAACAAAAACCAGCUCUAACAGAGCAAUAAAAUUGGUUGUUGAUAGCGAACGUCCGAUGUUGUAUUGGUUCAGUCAGCAAAAACUGAUUUACAGUUCAAAUAAAUCAUGAACAAUGAUGGAGUCUGUCUUCUGUACACAUUGCCAUUAGUGAACUAACUGUUCUACAUAAACAAUGCAUAUUUCUAAAGUGGUCAAUUUAUAGUGCCUGUUUCAUCUGUCCUGAUAAUGGGUGUUAGAACAUAAUAAAGGUAAUUCCUAGUCGA